AUGUUCUUCUUUGCUGACCUGGCAGCGGUGGAGGCAGCGUGGGAUUCAGAGGACGCAGCAGCAGCAGACCCCAACGUGCCAGCAGCAGACCUGCGCACAGAGAGCAGUAGUUCCGAGUUUCCCCCUUCUUCCUUUCUCUCCCUUUCCCUUAUCCCAACCUCUCCUUCGCUGUCCCUGCUUCAGUUCUUCUCUGCUGACCUGGCAGCGGUGGAAGCAGCGUGGGACUCGGAGGACGCAGCAGCAGCAGAUCCCAACGUGCCUGCAGCAGACCUGCGCACAGAGAGCACGAGCUCUGAGGCAGGCAGUGGGCUUGAGUCUCAGGCGAGAGAGUCGGAGGAGGAGGCGAGGCUGGACAUUCGGGAAGCUGCCACGAAGAAGCAGGAGAGCAAGAAGACGGAGGACGACUUUGGGGAGGUGGAGGGGGGAGCGACGAUCAUCCAGAGCAGCCCCGAGAGUAAAGAGCCGCCACUCAUGGCAGGGCCGGUGGGGCAGGGCACAGGGGAGGAGGGGGGCGGCGCCCUGCCCUCCCUGGACCUCGAAAACGCCAAGUUCCGCUGGCCGUCGUGCGGUGGUAACCUCAUGGACGACUUUGGGGAGGUGGAGGGGGGAGCGACGAUCAUCCAGAACAGUCCCGAAAGCAAAGAGCCGCCGCUCAUGGCAGGGCCGGUGGGGCAGGGCACAGGGGAGGAGGGGGGCGGCGCCCUGCCCUCCCUGGACCUCGAAAACGCCAAGUUCCGGUGGCCGUCGUGCGGUGGUAACCGCACGGACUGGGUGCCGUGCCUGGACAACGAGAAGGCGAUCAAGGCGCUGAGGACGAACAAGCACUAUGAGCACCGCGAGAGGCACUGCCCGCUGCCUGGCGAGAUGGAGAAAUGCCUGGUGCCGCUGCCCAAGGGGUACAAGGCACAUGUGCCGUGGCCCGAGAGCAGAGACCAGGUGUGGUAUGACAACGUGCCGCACCCGGGCCUGGCGAGCUACAAGAAGGAUCAGAACUGGGUGGCGAUGGAGGGAGACAAGCUUGUGUUCCCGGGGGGUGGCACGCAGUUCACCCAUGGCGCCACGGGGUACAUCAACUUCGUCCAGAAGGCCUUCUCCGACGUGGCGUGGGGUAGGCGAGUGCGCGUGGUGCUGGGCAUGGGCUGUGGCGUGCAUUGCGAAUACCAGUCUGCCUUCGCCGACGUGGCGUGGGGCAGGCGAGUGCGGGUGAUGCUGGACAUGGGCUGUGGUGUGGCGAGCCUGUCAGCAUAUCUGGACGCGUUUGACGUGCGAGUCAUGUCCAUGGCACCCAAGGACGAGCACGAGGCACAGGCGUUUGACGUGCGGGUCAUGUCCAUGGCGCCCAAGGACGAGCACGAGGCACAGGUGAGGAGAGAGGUCACGUUUUAUCAGGUGAGGAGAGAGGUCACGUCAUCAGGUGACUUGCGGGUCAUGUCCAUGGCGCCCAAGGACGGGCACGAGGCACAGGUGAGGGCGAGGGGGUGGAUGGCACAGGCACAGGGAGCAAGUUCCUUUUGGGCUAUCGGGCGAAUGGUUGAGAGUUGUGGUGAAGGUUUGAAGCCUGUCAGCAUACCUGGACUGGAGGCGUUUGACGUGCGGGUCAUGUCCAUGGCUCCCAAGGACGGCACAGAUCCAGUUAGCUCUGGGGCAGGGAGUGCUGGCGGUGGUGGGCGUGAUGGGCACACAGCGCAUGCCCCUUACCCUUCAAAGCGAGGGGUGCUAGCGGUGGUGGGGGUGAUGGGCACACAGCGCCUGCCCUUCUCCUCCAACUCCUUUGAUGCCGUGCACUGCGCUAGAUGCCGUGUGCCAUGGCACAUUGAUGGUGGGUGGGGGAUCAUUCCCAAUCAAGCAUGUGUGCAUGCACUCCCUCUCUCACUGUGCCUUCCCUUCUCCUCCAACUCCUUGAUGCUGUUCACUGCGCUCGAUGCUGUGUGCCAUGGCACAUUGAUGGUGGGUGGCAUGCUGCUAUUGGAGCUGAACCGAGUGCUGAGGCCAGGAGGCUUCUUCAUCUGGUCGGCCACGCCUGUGUACCGCCACAAGGGGGAUGACGAGGAGAUCUGGAGCGGCCCAUGCUUCAUCUGGUCGGCCACGCCUGUGUACCGCCACAAGGGGAAUGACGAGGAGAUCUGGAGCGGUGAGUGUUCGGCAUGGCGGGGUGAAUGCACGGAGGGACGGGGAAUGGGAGAUGGAGAAUGGGAGAUUGGGAAUGGGAGAUUGGGGAAUGGGAGAUGGGGAAUGGGAGAUGGGGAAUGGGAGAUGGGGAAUGGGAGAUGGGGAAUGGGAGAUGGGGAAUGGGAGAUGGGGAAUGGGAGAUGGGGAAUGGGAGAUGGGGAAUGGGAGAUGGGGAAUGGGAGAUGGGGAAUGCAUGUGUACCACCACAAGGGGGAUGACGAGGAGAUCUGGAGCGCAAUGGCUGACCUGGCGCAGCGCAUGUGCUGGACACUCAAGGUGAGGGAGAAGGAGGACGAGCUGGACAACGUGGGCGUGGCCUAUUCAUUCCGUUUUUCCUCACCUUACCCCCUCUCUCUCUGCACACCUUUCUCCCAUCCCUGCCCAUCCCCUUCCAACCCCCACACCCACGCUUUGUUUUUUGUUUUUGCAGCAAUGAGUGAUCUGGCGCAGCGCAUGUGCUGGACGCUGAAAGUGAGGGAGAGGGAGGAUGGGCUGGAUAAUGUGGGCUAG